AAAGACUAUUUAAAAUUGUUGUCCGUCGCAUUGCAAAUGUCAUUACAGAAAGGUCUGUGAUUGGGUAUUCUUCCAUAUCAAAACUGGAAUUAUGGGAUGAUCCAAACUUCCAUGAGCACGUAUUACAAACAGAACAAUGCACUUCCAUAUUUCAAACAUGUCGUGAUAUCAAGGGAGAUCCAAUGAUUGUGCAUUUUUCAAAGGCGGGGAAUAAGCGAUGGGUUGAAUAUUUACUACCAAAUUCAGAAAAAAGAGCAAAAUACAGAUCACUUAACGCCGCUUGCUCAAAAAAUCAACCCGAUAUUGCUUAUCUCAUUUUGUCAUCAAAUGUGGAAUGUGAUCUUCAAACAUGUUUUUAUGCUGUGCAAAGUGGCAAUAUAGACUUAUUGCUCCGAGUUUGUGAGUUUCUUGAUCUUCAUCAAAUUUCAUCUUCCCUACAUCCUGUCUGGAGUUGUAUAAGACAUAGUUUACUCCAGGAAAUCUGUUCUAUGCAACAAACACAAUUAAUUGAACAAGUUCUGGCAAAAUAUCCAUUCCUUAUAGAUAUAGAAGACGACCAAGGGGGCAAUGCAUUACAUUCUGCUGCAAGUUCUGGAGACACACAUGUAUUUAAUCUUCUGUUAAAGUUUGGCUUUGAUCCAUAUAAAAAAGAUCGAGACAAUGGUCACACUGUUCUUACCUGUGCUUGUCAGAAUGGAAGGACAGACAUGGUGAAAUACCUUAUUGAGACAUACCCUGCAUUACUCCAGGAACACACAGAUAUUCGUGGAAAAAGUCUUUUGUAUUGGGCAGCUUUCAGUGGGAAAAUAGAUAUGUUUGAAUAUAUACUAAGCGUCUUUCAGAAUGAAAAUAUAUUACAUAUAUCAAGGUACAAUAAACCCAAGGUAGAUAAAAAAAAUAAUUCAGGUCAAUCUAUCUUGCACAUUGCAUGUAGAAAUGGUCAUUAUGAUAUGAGUGAAUAUCUGUUGAGUAGAUAUCCUCAGUUACUGGAUGUUCGUGACAAUAAUGGGGGAAAUGUGCUCCAUUAUGCAGCUAAUGUAGGCAACGUAGAUCUUUUCAAGUAUCUAUCAAGUAAAGGAUUAAAUGUCAAUUAUACAACAAAUAGUGGACAGACUGUGUUACACCUGUGUUGUGCUAUGGGUAGAGAGAAAAUGUGUAGGUAUCUAGUAAAUAUGCAUCCAUGUUUAAUAUCUGUUAGAGAUAAUAACGGAUUGACAGUGUUACAUUCAGCUUGCUCUGGAGGAAAUGUAGAAAUUGUUUCUUUUCUGAUAGAAAAAGGAUUUAAUUCCAAUGCCUUGUCUAAUGAUGGUAAAAGUAUUCUGCAUAUAGCUUGUCAUAGUGGGAAGUAUGAAAUUUGUGAGUACUUAGUUGAUAACUAUCCCCAGCUUUUGGAUGUCAAGGACAAAUCUAGUAACUCAGUGUUGCAUGAUGCAGCCUGGGGAGGUAAUGUUCAAAUAGUAAAGCUAUUCAUUGAGAAAAAGAUGGACAUCAAUACCCUACAGAAAAAUGGUGGAACAAUUUUACAUCAAUGUUGUCGUUCUGGUAAAAUGGAGAUGUGUGAGUAUUUGGUCAAUCAUUUUUCAGAUCUACUAGGGAUAAGAGACAAUGACGGAUGGACGGCGUUACAUUCAGCUUGCAGUAGAGGAAGUGUAGAAAUUGUUUCUUUUUUAAUUGGAAAUGGAUUGGAAUUAAAUGCCUUGUCAAAUGAUGGUAAAAGUAUUCUGCAUAUAGCUUGUCAUAGUGGGAAGUUUGAAAUUUGUGAGUACUUAGUUGAGAAUCAUCCCCAUCUCUUAAAUAUAAGGGACAAAUCUAGUAACUCGGUCUUGCAUUAUGCAGCCUGGGGAGGUAAUGUUCAAAUAGUAAAACUAUUGAUUGAGAAAAAGAUGGACAUCAAGAACCUACAAGAUGAAGGUGAAACAGUUUUACAUCAAUGCUGUCGUUCUGGUAAAAUGGAGAUGUGUGAAUAUUUGGUCAAUCAUUUUUCAGAUUUACUAGAAAUAAGAGACAAUGACGGAUGGACAGCGUUACAUUCAGCUUGCAGUGGCGGAAGUGUAGAAAUCGUUUCUUUUCUAAUAGAAAAAGGAUUGGACAUUAAUGCCUUAUCAAAUGGUGGUAAAAGUAUUCUGCAUAGAGCUUGUCUCAAUGGGAAGUUUGAAAUUUGUGAGUUCUUAGUUGAGAAUCACCCCCACCUCCUAGAUGUCAAGGACAAAUCUAGUAACUCAGUGUUGCAUGAUGCAGCCUGGGGAGGUAAUGUUCAAAUAGUAAAGCUAUUCAUUGAGAAAAAGAUGGACAUCAAUACCUUACAGAAAAAUGGUGAAACGGUUUUACAUCAAUGCUGUCGUUCUGGUAAAAUGGAGAUGUGUGAGUAUUUGGUCAAUCAUUUUUCAGAUCUAUUAGGGAUAAGAGACAAUGACGGAUGGACGGCGUUACAUUCAGCUUGCAGUAGAGGAAGUGUAGAAAUUGUUUCUUUUUUAAUUGGAAAUGGAUUGGAAUUAAAUGCCUUGUCAAAUGAUGGUAAAAGUAUUCUGCAUAUAGCUUGUCAUAAUGGGAAGUUUGAAAUUUGUGAGUACUUAGUUGAGAAUCAUCCCCAUCUCUUAAAUAUAAGGGACAAAUCUAGUAACUCGGUCUUGCAUUAUGCAGCCUGGGGAGGUAAUGUUCAAAUAGUAAAACUAUUGUUUGAGAAAAAGAUGGACAUCAAGAACCUACAAGAUGAAGGUGAAACAGUUUUACAUCAAUGCUGUCGUUCUGGUAAAAUGGAGAUGUGUGAGUAUUUGGUCAAUCAUUUUUCAGAUUUACUAGAAAUAAGAGACAAUGACGGAUGGACAGUGUUACAUUCAGCUUGCAGUGGCGGAAGUGUAGAAAUCGUUUCUUUUCUAUUAGAAAAAGGAUUGGACAUCAAUACCUUAUCAAAUGGUGGUAAAAGUAUUCUGCAUAGAGCUUGUCUCAAUGGGAAGUUUGAAAUUUGUGAGUUCUUAGUUGAGAAUCACCCCCACCUCCUAGAAGUCAAGGACAAAUCUAGUAACUCAGUGUUGCAUGAUGCAGCCUGGGGAGGUAAUGUUCAAAUAGUAAAGCUAUUUAUUGAGAAAAAGAUGGACAUCAAGAACCUACAGGAUGUAGGUGAAACGGUUUUACAUCAAUGCUGUCGUUCUGGUAAAAUGGAGAUGUGUGAGUAUUUGGUCAAUCAUUUUUCAGAUUUAUUAGAGAUAAGGGACAAAAAGGGAUGGACAGUGUUACAUUCAGCUUGCAGUGGCGGAAGUGUAGAAAUCGUUUCUUUUCUAAUAGAAAAAGGAUUGGACAUUAAUGCCUUAUCAAAUGAUGGUGAAAGUAUGCUGCAUAUAGCUUGUUUUAGUGGGAGGUUUAAAAUUUGUGAGUACUUAGUUGAGAAUCAUCCCUAUCUAUUAAAUGUCAGGAACAAAACUCGUGAAUCAGUGUUGCAUGAUGCAGCCUGGGGAGGUAAUGUUCAAAUAGUAAAACUAAUGAUUGAGAAGAAAAUGGACAUACAUACACAGCAGGAUGAAGGUGAAACAGUUUUACAUCGAUGCUGUCGCUCGGGUAAAAUGGAGAUGUGUGAGUAUUUGGUCAAUCAUUUUUCAGAUUUAUUAGAGAUAAGGGACAAAAAGGGAUGGACAGUGUUACAUUCAGCUUGCAGUGGCGGAAGUGUAGAAAUCGUUUCUUUUCUAAUAGAAAAAGGAUUGGACAUUAAUGCCUUAUCAAAUGAUGGUAAAAGUAUGCUGCAUAUAGCUUGUUUUAGUGGGAGGUUUAAAAUUUGUGAGUACUUAGUUGAGAAUCAUCCCCAUCUAUUAAAUGUCAGGAACAAAACUCGUGAAUCAGUGUUGCAUGAUGCAGCCUGGGGAGGUAAUGUUCAAAUAGUAAAACUAAUGAUUGAGAAAAAAAUGGACAUACAUACACAGCAGGAUGAAGGUAAAACAGUUUUACAUCGAUGCUGUCGCUCGGGUAAAAUGGAGAUGUGUGAGUAUUUGGUCAAUCAUUUUUCAGAUUUACUAGAGAUAAGAGACAAUGACGGAUGGACAGCGUUACAUUCAGCUUGCAGUAGAGGAAGUGUAGAAAUUGUUUCUUUUCUAAUAGAAAAUGGAUUGGACAUAAAUGCGUUGUCAAAUGUUGGCCAAAGUAUUCUGCAUAUUGCUUGUCUCAAUGGGAAGUUUGAAAUUUGUGAGUUCUUAGUUGAGAAUCACCCCCACCUCCUAGAUAUCAAGGACAAAUCUAGUAACUCAGUGUUGCAUGAUGCAGCCUGGGGAGGUAAUGUUCAAUUAGUAAAGCUAUUCAUUGAGAAAAAGAUGGACAUCAAGAACCUACAGGAUGUAGGUGAAACGGUUUUACAUCAAUGCUGUCGUUCUGGUAAAAUGGAGAUGUGUGAGUAUUUGGUCAAUCAUUUUUCAGAUUUACUAGAAAUAAGAGACAAUGACGGAUGGACGGCGUUACAUUCAGCUUGCAGUGAAGGAAGUGUAGACAUUGUUUCUUUUCUAAUAGAAAAAGGAUUAGACGUCAAUGCCCUUUCAAAUGAUGGUCAGAGUAUUUUGCACAUAGCUUGUUUGAAUGGUAAAUAUGAUGCUUGUAGGUAUUUAUCAACAAAACACCUACACUUGUUAAAUGUCAAAGAUAGUCAUGGUAAAUCAGUUGUAGAUAUUGCCAAUGAACAUGGAGACAUAGGUAUGAUUCAUUUGUUGAGCGAACGCUUAGGAUUAUGA